UGUAACAUAAAUUCUACUCAUUAUCAAGUAAAAACAAACUGAUUUUAAUAAUUAAAUUCAGAUAAUUGUUUAUUUAAAUUUACUAAAUUUUUUCAUAGUAGUAUUAGAGCAAUUAUUGAAAAUAUUGAUAAUUCACAUUGAAAACGGGUAGUUACUUUGUACAGCGCCCUCUUGUCAUUGAAUCUGGCAUUAUUAUAAAUGUGUAAUUUGUAAGCACAGAAAUAGUUGCAAUAUUUAUUUCCAUCGCAGUCUUUACGCCGGUCGAUUAAAAACAAAAUAUAGUUAAGAAGUGGGGUGGUAACUUUCUGACAUAGAUAAACAUUUGUUACAAUAUAUCUGUUUGUAAAGUAUAAAAAAUAUAAAUGCAACAGUUGGACGGAAAGCUAACUCGUUAUGAGAAAAUUGCGUUUCUCGGCGAAGGUCAGUUUGCCACAGUAUAUAAGGCGCGGGAUGUGCUCACCGAUCAGAUUGUCGCAGUGAAAAAGAUUAAAAUAGGAAGCAGAGAAGAGGCUCAGGAUGGUAUAAAUCGCACUGCUUUACGUGAAAUUAAGUUGCUACAUGAGCUGCAACAUGAAAAUGUUAUUGGUUUAGUAGACGUAUUUGGUCAUAAAUCAAAUGUAUCAUUAGUGUUCGACUUUAUGGAUACCGAUUUGGAAAUUAUCAUUAAAGACCCUAAAAUUAUACUCACACAGGCAAAUAUAAAAGCUUACAUGAUUAUGACUUUAAGUGGCUUAGAGUAUUUGCAUAUGAACUGGAUUCUGCAUCGAGAUUUGAAGCCAAACAAUUUAUUGGUUAAUACUGACGGUGUACUCAAAAUCGGUGAUUUCGGUUUGGCCAAAUUUUUUGGUUCGCCUAAUCGCAUAUACACACAUCAAGUAGUGACAAGAUGGUAUAGGGCACCCGAACUAUUAUUUGGCGCGCGCCAAUAUAGCACUGGAAUUGAUAUUUGGGCUGUAGGGUGCAUACUUGCAGAAUUACUAUUACGUGUACCUUUUCUGCCAGGCGACUCAGAUCUUGACCAGCUUACGAAAAUUUUUCAAGCCCUUGGCACACCUACUGAGGAGUCUUGGCCGAAUUUAAAUAAAUUACCUGAUUACAUGCAAUUCAAACAGUUUCCUGCAAUUCCCUUACAACAUAUCUUCACAGCUGCGCCUGAUGAUCUUAUCGUAUUGGCGGAAAAGUUAUUAGCACUUAAUCCAGCACAACGCUGCACGUGUACGGAGGCAUUAUGUAUGAAAUACUUUUCCAACAAACCGGCACCAUCAAUGGGGCACAAACUACCAAUGCCUUCGAGUAACAAGCAAGCUGCCGAGGAAAGACCAAACCUCAAACGAAAGCUCAUUGAUGCCUUAGAAGGUGGCACUGUGCCAAAGAAACUUUUUUGAUUAAGAUUACAAUCGGUUAUUAAUGAUAAUAAUAAUAAUUGCAAUUCAAAUAUAUGAAUUGUUAAUUUUAUCUGUUGUUUUUAUUCUAUCAUAUCUCAUAUUAAUAUGUACAUAUAUCAAGUUAAAAAGAAACUCAAUUUAGUAUAUGUAAAAAUACAAUAUUCUUUAUUAAAAACAAUGUUCAGCAUCAAUGUUCAAAACUUAAGCGCCUUAUAAAUACAUUUUGAAUAGGUACAACUAUGAUAACGGAGCGCAUGCGCCUCUACUAUACUACACGCUAAGAGUACAAUGUGUACUUCACCUACCGAUAAAUUGCCAAUUAAAAAGCAUUUAGCGCUGAAUGCGUGUAACUAUAUAUAGUAUAUAUGAGUAAAACUACUAUAAGCCCUACCUUAAAUACAGACAUAAGUACACUUGCUAGUUUUUUUAUACGAAUCGAACGUCAAUGUACAUUGACGUGCUAAGUAAAGCGAGCAGGCAAGAUUUAAGACUACUCGUGAGAUGUUUUGGCUUUAUAUAAAAAAAUUUGUAAUUAAUCACAAUGCUUUGUAUGUUUAGGUAACAACUCACCACGGAUAAUUUCAAUUUUCAAUGGUACAUGCAUUCCAGUUUAUUUGUUUAGUAACACUUAUUUCAAUGAAACAUUCAUCGUCUUAUUCGUGAGCAGUUAACUUAAAAAUAUAAUUAUAAAAGUAAAUGUUUUGUUCAACUAAAAGUUCAAUAAAUAUUGCAGUGUCAUUGUAAAAAAAAACAUGUUUCUUGAUUUAUAUAGUUUAAUAUUUGUUCUAUUGCGAAAUUAGCUUUACAUAUGGUAUAUGAUAGUGUAAAAACUAAUCGUACAGCGGCAUUAACCUCCUUGUUUAAAUAUGUAUAUGUAUGCAUACAUUCAAUUCCCUUUUCAUUCGGUUACCGGUUUAUGCGUAAGAAAUAUGCAUUUUCUUUUAGAUCUUAAUUUUCACAUUUAAAAAGAAAAUAAUAAAAAAACGUGUUAGAAAAGUCGUGUAUAAUAAUUUUCAUUAUUAUUUAAAAAAAAAUAACUUUUGAUAUACACUCGAUAACCUUUUACACGACUAUUUUUUCAACAGAGAUUUUCAAUUCCGAUGAAAUGUUAUUAUGCUUAUUGUAAUGGGAUUUCUCUUCAUCACUAAAUACGUAUGUAUGUAUAAGCACGCUAAAAUUUAUCCUUACGUAAAUACAAAAUUUUGUGUAACUGAUAAAUAUACCUUAAAAUUGUUGUCUCUUCGUUUCAAACUUAGCAUUGAACUAUAUAAUACAGAAAAUUAUAGCAAAGCCCAAUCAGUUUAGUAUUAUUGUAUAUUUUCCCUUUUUUUAAUUGCGAAAACAAUGGACAGGUACGGCAAUACUAACGAUAAAUAAAGUUGAAAAUAAUUAUGUUUAUUCAAA